AUGGCUACAGAACAGACCAGACGCGGCAACGAUACCUCUAGAACACUAGCUGUGCACAAAAUGGCAGCCUCAUACCACACCUCUCUCCUCACUGCCACAGACUGUCGCUCUCACGUCCACCUCGUCGUCGGCAGCAAUUCGCUCGCCGGCAAGCGGUGCGAGCAGUCAAUUGCCACCGGCGCAAAACCUAUCCUUAUCGCGCCCGAGCCCCCACCAACUCAGUCUCUCCACUAUGGCCUCGCCAACCUCGUUGACUCGGGCCAGGUCCAGUGGGAGCGCAGGCCUUUUACCGAGGAUCUUGCCCUCACUCGCGGGCGCGACGAGAUAGGCAAUGUGGUCGAUGCAGUCUUCGUCACGACCACAAACACUUCUUCAUUGGGCGAGGGUGUGUCGGCCAAUCUCAUCUCAGCCAUCUGCAAGCGCAACCGGAUCCCCGUGAAUGUGGUCGACAACCCCAGCCUCUGCAGCUUCUCCAUCCUGUCGACACAUAGCGAUGGGCCACUGCAGAUCGGCGUCACCACCAACGGAAGAGGAUGCCGCCUCGCCAGCCGCAUACGCCGUGAGGUCGCAGCCUCGCUCCCGCCAACACUGGGGGCCGCCUGCGCAAAGCUGGGGGAAGUUAGGCGGAGGAUCCAAGAAGAGGACCACCUCCUCCACGAGGCUCUCAGCGGCGGCCACCUCAAUGCCGGGGAAGAGGAGGAAGGGUUGGAACAGACAGCCAACUUCAACAAGCUGGUCACCGAGGAAGACCUGGACGCUGUGAAGCACAGGCGCAUGCGCUGGCUCGCGCAGGUCUGCGAGUACUGGCCACUCAAGCGCCUGGCAGCUAUCAGCGACGACGACGUUGAGACCGUCUUGAAAUCAUACUCUGGCAGCACCAGCACCACCGCCGGCGCGUCCGCCAUCGGAGGAUCAGAAGAUGACAAGAACAGUGGCUCUCCUGCCAGUGCGCGCGGCAGGGUGAUCCUCGCUGGUUCCGGCCCUGGACACCCCGAUCUACUUACUCGCGCAACCUACAAGGCAAUCCAGUCGGCCGACAUCAUCCUGGCCGACAAGCUCGUCCCCGAAGGCGUACUAGAUCUCAUUCCCCGUCGGACGCCUGUCUCUAUCGCGCGAAAGUUCCCUGGCAACGCGGACAAGGCUCAGGAGGAACUGUUGGAGCAGGCGAUUGCGGGCGUCAGACAGGGGAAAACGGUGUUGCGGCUCAAACAAGGAGAUCCUUUCAUUUACGGGCGUGGAGGCGAGGAGGUUGAUUACUUCCGCCAGCAUGGUCUAGGCGAUAGAGUGCUGGUCUUGCCUGGUAUUACAAGCUCCUUGAGUGCGCCGCUCUUCGCGGGCAUACCGCCCACUCAGCGGGAUGUUGCAGACCAAGUCUUGGUAUGCACGGGGACGGGCAAGAAGGGCAAACCGCCGACACCUCCGGAGUUCUUGGCAAGCAGAACAGUCGUCUUCCUCAUGGCAUUGCAUCGCAUCACGGGUCUUGUGGCCGAGCUUACACAACCUCUUCCUAGCGAAGUGGAGAGCACUGGCACAACCACAACAACUGAGACGAUACCCGACGGGGCUGGGCCCUCGGAGGACGUGAUUCACCAAAUGGUGGAGACGAGCGAUGUUGCACAGUCUUCGAAGGGCACAAGAAACUUAUGGCCGAGGUCGACGCCGUGCGCAGUCAUCGAGCGGGCUUCUUGCCCCGAUCAGAGAGUCAUCCGCACGACACUCGAAUUCGUUGCCGAAGCCAUUGAGGCGGAAGGGAGCAGGCCGCCAGGGCUCCUUGUCGUGGGAAGGGCGUGCGAGGCGCUCUAUGCGCCCGAGAAGGGGAGGUCGUGGAUCGUCGAAGAUGGGUUUAAAGAGUUACAUCUUGAUGAAGUCCGAUUCUAG